AUGCCCCCUAAAAGAAGAUUCGCGUCGCGUUCCAGCAAUCUCGUUCCGGAGAGGCCGUCCAAAAAGCUCCGCCUCUCAUCUCCGCCAAUGUCUCCCGCCUCAUCGAAGAUUUCCCCCAAGAAUCUAAAGUUGAAGCGAUCGCGAGUUUCGCCAAGCCCGUCGGUGAAAUCUGAACAGUCGCAAACAGAGAGAAUAGAGGAUACCAUUAUUUGCGCGCCGAUUGAGUGGGCGCCGAUUAUCGAGGAUGAAGAUGAGCUGGACGUGGAGGAAGAGGAGCAGCUGACACAGCGAUCAAUACCCUUCGACGAGGUUUUUCAGAAUGAAUCAGUCAAGCGCAUCAUUACUCAGUUCCCGAAAGGCCACGGAUCCUGGUAUAUUCUCCGAUGCGAGGAGCAUGACGUUGACUUCAAGACUCACCCUCUACGAGCUGCCUCGGCGCAUUUGAGGAGCCGACAACACGGUCGCCUGCAAGACACGACCGGACCAGCCGUCAUCGAGCAUUUCGGCACCAAGGUUUUGAACUGCAAUGAGGAACUUGCGCAGAAGAACAAUGCAGCCGCCUUGAAGUUUAAACCCGCCAUUAAGCAAGAGGAAACCCAACACGUGGAUGAGUUUGUACCAGCGCAGUUUGCACCAAGAGAGUCGGUGUCAAAGGAGCCGACACCAGAGGCGGUACCGGAAGUGUCGGUGCCAGAACAGCCACUACCGGAAGAGCCGGCAUCAGAAGCAGAACCGGAAGCAGUACCGGAAACAAUAUCGGAAGCGGUGCCGGAAGUAUCAGUACCGGAGGAGUCAGCACCAGAGGAAUCAACACAACAAGAAUCGACUACAGAGCUGGUGCUAAAAGAGAGCGCCUCGCACCAUAAGAAGCGAAAACUGUCAUCAACACCAUGUAAUGUGGAAGACGAGGUAUCACCCGCAAAGGACGAACCGAUGGAGGAAUCGAGCCAUGACCCGAUAAUAAGCCCGACACCAGGCAUCGUGUAUCUGGCCUACCGAGAAUCAACAAAAACUUGGCUUCCCGCUCUCAUUUUGCCCCGGAAUAACCUCCACAAAGUUGGUGUAUCAACAACACUCGAAUCCCUCGGCCUGGUUGAAAACGUGCCCAAAUGCUAUGUCUACGACCCGGGGACGAAAUGCCUGGAAUGGAAGGCGCAGUACGAAGAUGGUGGCUCUCUUGUCGCUCAACGGCAAUUCCCAGUUGUUUAUUUUGAUGCGACGGGCUUCCCAAGCAAGGAUGCCGCUGGAUGGGUCGGCACUGGUGAUUUGCAGGAACUGGACCUUUCUGAUACCUCUGCUUGUCUGGAGCCUCAUUUCUCAAUGGCUCGGGAUUUCGUUACGAAGCGUCUGGGCAAGACUGGGGACUGCAAGAGUCUGAGCCCUCUUGCAAUUCCAGACACAGAAGCUAAUUCCGAGAUGCAAUCAUCGACACGAGCAACACCGACAAAGAUCGAAAGCCCUGUAUUGAUGAUUUCUGACAACUUGCCGGCGAAGGCACCGGUUGUCGUAUCUGUUAUCCCAGAGAAGGAGGCCACUCCCCCAGUCGAAACACCAACAACGGAGCCCAGCCGCGAGGUUUCCGUCGAAUCUGAUUCGAAGCCCUCCGUUACUACUGAGUCUUUCUCAGAGCUCGCUGAUCCCAAGCCUAUUGGCAGCCCUGAGCUCGUCCACAAGCCAGAGCUCAUCAGCAAUCCUGAACCCAUCAACAACGCCAAGCCAGUCGCCAGCACUGAUCCGAUCGACGAUUCCAGGCCUACCGACUCCAGGCCUACCGACUCCGAACCCAUUGAAAUUUCUGAGCAGAUCAGUGAACCUGAACCCGUCAGCAACUUCGAGCCCAUCGGCAGCUCUGAGCUCAUCAGCAAAUCAAACACUGAGGCACCCAACAGCCCCAAGCCUACGAGCAACCCUGAGCCUAUCAGCAUUAUUGAACACACCGCCAGCCCUGUGCUCACCAACGAGCCUGAGCCGGUCGGCAGCUUCCAGCCUAUCAGCCGCCCCGAGGUCGUCAGCAAGCCCGAACGCAUCAACAGACCUGAGCCUACUAGCGCUUCCAGGCCUGUCAAUAGCCCCGAGCUCGCGAACAUUCCCCAUCGAGAGGUAUCCAUUGAAAACCAACCGAGCAGGCCCAGCGAGUCCCGGAGCUUUCAUACCGAAGAUGUGGCCAUGGAGAACCAGUACACUUAUUCACCCGCGAGCACCUAUGUCGAUCCCGUACCAACACCACCCGCAUCAGAGAUCCAGUCUCAUCAACACAGCGUUAAACGCGCCUUACUCAACCACAUGUCUGCCGAUCUUUUCCAACUCAAGGCAAAGUCAACAACCCUCAUCUUUCCUAAAGCCGUAUUCGACCUGGAGACCCUACAGUCAACACUGCCACCUAUUCAAUCACUUCCUAGCAUGCACGGUUAUUCUCAGACUCUCCGACCCAUUAGUGAUCAGAUGGGCUCCCCAGUACCCAGCAUUAGCCAGACACAAUCGUUUCCCUCUCAAAGCACACCUUCGUCUGCGUACAACUCACCAGCACCACAACAUACACCAGUACCGCAGCAUACACCGGCACCACAGCACAUGCCUGCACCCGUUGCCCAAGCUCCUAUCACAACAAUCAAAAAGAAGACUGGUCCGCGGAAGCCAGUCCCUACACACAGACCUGUUCCUUCUCAAAGACCUGUCCCUACAGUACCUACGCAUAGGGCCUCCGCCACACCGAAGCCUGCCGCCGCGCAGAGAGCUGCCAUCACAAAGAAGCCUGCCGCUCCAAGGAGACCCGUUCCCACACAGAGACCUCUCGCUCCACACCGACCUGCCGCCGUAGAAGAAGCCGAGCCUCGAUUCGGAGAGACUCUCUAUGGCGUUUCCGAGUAUAUUCUGCAGGGAGUUAGGAGAUGGCUCAGGACUACUGAGAAGAACCCCAAGAUCUCUGAAUUUUGCUUUUCUGAUGGACUCUAUCGAUGUCCUUGGUGUCACAAACGGUUUGCGCGAGCUGGAAUUUUUACGGAUCAUUUGUCUUUGAAGCAUGAUGAGCGGCCUAAGCCGCCGGAGAUUAGACCAGAUCACAGAUGA